AAAAAGGACCCAAAUGUCUUAACUGCUGAAGAAAAAGAAGAUAUGAAUAAUGGCAAGGAAGCUCAAGAGGAGGAUCAGGAUCAUUCGACUACAGAAGAAAUAGAAUUAGAUAAAAUUCAAAAAGUGCAUAUGGCCUUUUUAAAUGAAAUGAAUCAUACAAAUAUCGAUAAACGACGGAAAAUUGCAGUCAAACAACUACAGACGCAGGCUGUAGUCAUCUCUUCCGAAGAAUAUGUUGAACGUUCACAAAGAGCUCGUUCCAUUAUUUCACGUGGUUUCUUACCAAAUGAAGACAGCCAAGCUCCACACGAUGUCCAGAAUGAUAAUCCCGAAAGUACUAGUGACGAGGAAGGUAAUAUAUCUCCAUGCGAGUUAGCAAGUAUUAGGAAAGCAGAGCACCAUCGGUUAUUAUAUAAAAAGACUACUGAUGAUAAAAAUUACAUUGACGAUGAAGUUGAUGAGGAUAACAAGAUUGAUGAGGAUAAAAAUAGUUCUGAUGAUGAGGUUUACAGAGACAAUGUAGUUGAUGAGGAUAGCAAGAAAAAGAUUAGCGAAAUUCCUCUGCAAGAAAAGCAAAGGAAAGAAAUAAAUGAUAAUUUUAAUUCGAUGGCUAAAGAUAAAAUGUGGGAAUUGUCAUCUGGCCGUUAUGUGGAAGAGGAAUUAUACGAGCUAGGAAAGAAGCUAGACUACGAGCAUGCAAUACAUUCUUUCAUAUUGGACAUUGAUGAUGAAGUUGUGAUGAAUCAUUUUAGCAAAGAAGAAAUGGAGGAAAUAGAUCAGACACCGGGUCCCGUCAUUCCUGAAUUGGCUGAAAAUGUAACAGAUUGUUUAUGUAAAUUUGUUGACAAGACUAAUUUAAAUGAAAUCAGAAAAAUCAUCAGAGAAAUUAGCUUUGAUGAUAAAUAUAAUUUUGAAAAAGAUCACGAUGUUGAUUAUAUUAUAUUUGCUAUACAUGCUUUGGUUCGAGAAAUAGAGAGUGGGAAAUUAUAUAACGACAACCUCGAAGCGUGGUUUAAUGUUCACAUUUGGAAUUUUAUAUUUGAUCAAGCAUUUGGAAACGUGAAGAUUAUGUCAGUUGUCAGAGGGGAAAGUUCGGGAAUUGCCAGUUCCAUUCGAAAAAACAAAAAUAGGAAAUUAGGUACAUAUCGUAGAAUGGGUCAUAGAGGAGAUUGGAUAUUAAGAUCAACUGGUAAAGGUGAUAAUGAUGAAUUUGGGGCUGGUGAAGUGGGAAAAAACUGGAAAGAUAAAUAUGGUACUAAGUUUUUAAAGGAAGCUGGUUUAAAACUUCCGAAGAAUUUAAAAGAUAUGAUGAUGAAGUUGAUGGAAAAGGUUAAAUGGAACCCAGCAAAAUGUGACAAAAUUCAAACGGUUGGAAUUAUCCAUGCCGGGUUAAUGAUGGUAAUGCUUUAUCUCGACAACCCCAAGGGAUAUAUUUGUAGGAUUCGUCGCAGUGAAUUAAUGGAGGUACCGGAUACACCGGAAAAAUUUUCAUCUAUUCUAACCAUAUUAGCAUCGGUUCUCAAUUUAAAGAGUCGAAUUCAGGAAACCUUCAAAACUAUAAUAAACUCGAAAGAAAAUCAAGACAAGAGAUCUUUCAUUGAUGCAGGAUUAAAAAAACGAAAAUAUAAUCAUGAUCAGCGUCAGUUAACUAUUUGCAUAUCAACUCCUGAAAAAAAGAGGAAAGAUAAUAAACGGUUCAAAUCAAAAUUCUGA